GUGAAUUAUUAAACUCCAUCAGUGCUCCCUUUGUACCACAUCUGUGUCUUCCUGCUGUCCUUUCUUGCCAGUGACGGGCUCUUUCCAUCCAGCUGGCUGUGCAGAAGCAGAGCCCUCCAGGCCAUUAUAGCACCUGGUACUCUCCUUUGCUCCUUGCUUCUCCGUGGGAAAGGGAAUAGGCUCCAGAGAUGGAUCUGUCCUACAGAUCCACCAUCUCCAUCUAUAAGAGUAUCCUGGAGCAGUUCAACCCUGCGCUGGAGAACCUGGUGUACCUGGGGAACAACUACCUGCGUGCCUUCCACACAUUAUCCAAAGCAGCUGAAGUGUACUUUAAGGCAAUUGAGAAGAUUGGGGAGCAAGCUCUGCAGAGCUCCACCUCACACAUGCUGGGUGAAAUUCUUAUGCAGAUGUCUGAUAUGCAGAGGUUACUGAGCUCUGAUUUGGAGAUUGUGGCUCAGACCUUUCACGUGGACCUGCUGCAGCACAUGGAGAAGAACAGCAAAAUGGAUGUGCAGUUCAUCAGUGAGAGCCAGAAGCACUAUGAGCUGGAGUACCAGCGCAGAGCCACCAACCUGGAUAAGUGCAUGGCAGAGCUGUGGAGAAUGGAGAGGGCUCGUGAUAAAAAUACACGGGAGAUGAAGGAGAAUGUGAUGCGACUGCGCUCAGAGAUGCAGGUGUUUGUCGCUGAGAGCCAGAGAGAGGCUGAGCUAGAGGAGAAACGCCGCUACCGCUUCCUGGCUGAAAAGCACCAGAUGCUCUACAACACUCUCCUCCAGUUUUACAGCAGGGCUCGGGGCAUGAUCCAGAACAAGGCACCACGGUGGAAGGAGCAGCUGGAGGCCAGCCGCAACCCCUCAAACAGCCACUCACAGGGUCUGCUCGCAGCCUCCCACGGCCAGGGGUAUCCAUCAGGACGGCUCACACCCACUCACCUUGAGAUGCCCCAGAGACCCCUCGGGGACUUUGCCUCUUCUAUGACUGGCAGUAGAUCCAGCAUCUUCUCUCCAGACCCUCCAGAAAUGAGACUGUCUCCUCAGCCGGAGUCCCCCAGGCAGCCACUGAGGAGGACACCAUCAGCCAGUUUGCUCCCUACAGGCCGUACUUCCCGUUCAGGUUCCUUCAGCAAGGCCAGCAGUGGCAGCGAGGGCAGGAAGAGGAGUGGCAUGGCAAAAGUGCAGGCUAUCGUGCCCCACGCCACGGGUGCCAACCGGACUCUGCUACGGUUUGACCCCGGGGAUGUCAUCACGGUGCUGAUGCCGGAUGCACAGAAUGGCUGGCUGUAUGGCAAACUGGAGGGCUCGUCCACGUGUGGCUGGUUCCCUGAAGCUUAUGUCAAGCCUCUGGAGGAUGCGCGGGAGAUGGAAGAGCCAGACACCAGGUCUUUCCCACUGCGAAGCAGUCACAGUAUGGAUGACAUCCUGGACCGUCCCAGCACUCCCUCCUCUAGCAAUUACUGGCCUGCUGCUGCCCAGCCCAGUGUGCCGAACCCACCUCCCCUCUCGGUGGGUGCCAGCAGUCACCAGAGUGGGGCAGUCACCCCAGUCAGUUCUGGCUCCAAGAAAUCAGGAGUAUUUGACCAGCCCCCUGAACUCUUCCCACGAGGUACCAACCCCUUUGCCACAGUCAAGCUGCGUCCCACAGUCACCAAUGACCGCUCAGCACCCAUCAUUCGAUGAGGCAGGGUUGCAGAUAUUGAAGAAUUUCAGCAGAGAAGGAGGAAGAGGACAAGGACUACACAAGGACUGCCCAGCUGGGCAGCAACCUAGUGCUACCACUCAUGGAGUGACUUCUCUUUUCCCCUCCCUUACCUCUGGGACACUGGGACCUGUCUCACCUGGGUUUCUGGUGUGCUUUAGCCAGCAGAAGAUCCCUGCUGCUCUUUUUGGACUGAUCCUUGUCCCCCCUCCCCAUGUGGUGUUACUGUACUUGAGUGGGAAAAGUCUGGUUUUACAAGUGAUGGUGGCCUGGGAGAGGGGAUGCUGUUGGUCUGGGAGGCGGGGGAUGGAUGGGUAACAACAUCUGCAGCACAGGGCACUGCUAUUUUAAUAUCGAAGGUGAAGCUUUGCUAGCCCUGCUGUGGGCAGAGAAGGACUCUCACCAAACAGUUCCUUUGCUACCAGAAGAAUGAACCCCAAAAGGAGGAGGCUACAAGGUUUCCAGUGACAUGGUCUGGCUGAUGGGGUUUGUGUUUAGCUCCUUUGGCAACCAUGUCCUUUUGUAGCAGCACCUGCCCCUUCUCACCCCCAGGGCAGCCCCUUGCCUUGCUAAGCAGCCCUGGGGCAAGGCAGGAGAGGGUGAGAAUGUCCAGCACUGCUGCUGUGCUCUCUCCCUCACUGUCCUGUGGAAAAUAUGUAGGUUUUUUUAAAUAAAAUUGAGAACAUG